CUUUGAUUUUUGCGUACUUAAGACGACCUUAAGCAGCUCGCCGCACCUCAAAUAGCUUCAAUUUUUAAGUGCCUAAGACGAGACGACCUCAAGCAGCUCGCCGCACCACAAAUGUGCCGAAAACUCCAAUAAACCACAACAACUUCCUGUAUAAGGACACCCGUACUGCUGUUCUGUAGCAUUCGUUCGCAGACGCCCACACGAGUUGGAGACCCCCAGUAGCUGCCAAAAUUGCAAAAAGGACCUCUGCAGAAGCCUGUGUUGGAGUAUUGCGCACUUCCAAUUUGUAGUUAAUUGCUGAAGCGUAACUGCCUUGUACGGAGCGCAUCGUUUGUUGUGUGCCAAAUCUACAGCAACAUAAGCUAUCAAUCAGUCAUACCUACAGUCAGUCACUUAAAUAGUUAUAUUCAAUUACUCACGCACCUACAUACAUACAUAUUAAAUGGAAAUAUAUCAUAAAUGUAGCACAUCUCAGCAGCAUUGAUGAUAUUCAUAUCGAAAAUUAGCACUUGCUCAUUGUAAUAAAGAAAGGAAAACAAGAAGAGCAACCGCAAGAGCAAAUAAAACACGUAUAUACGCACCAAAGCAUCAAUGUUUUAGUUACCUAGUGGAAAAAAGUGAUUGCUUUACACUUUCUCCGACAAAAAGUUUAAACAAUUUCAACAUAAUCAAAAAUGCACCAAAAACUAACAGCAACAACAAUAACAACAACAAGACAAAAAUUAGCUGUGAAAAUGUCAACAGAUUCCAGCAACUCUACACAGCGCCAUAAUAUUACCAAUAUACGUUGCCAUAUUUCCUGUUGGAGUACGCUUUUUGUGCUUCUAGCGCUAAGCACUUUUGCCAGCCAAGCUCGAGCAUUCGAUUUGGGCAAUGAAUUGAAUCUCAAGCCUACCAAGUAUGCAGAAUGGACGAAAAAUGUCACGUACGUUAGCUCGACAGUUUAUAAUGCGCGUGGCAUGCAACCACUUUACGAUAUUACACAUAAAAUUAUUUGGUUCUUCACCGGUGAACAUCCACUGCCAGAAGGCUACCUCGUGGUCAAGGAUAAGGAUAUUGAAUUUGGACCAAAAAUUGAACGAAAUGAAUGGAUUGAUUUAAUUAAACACUAUUGGUUAAUAUGGCUAAUUGUUUUGCUCGUUGGACUGCUAAUUGUUACAAUGCCAGUCGUUGGCUUAUGCUUCUGUUGCUGUCGCUGCGCUGGUGCUUGUGGUGGCCGUUCGGAGCCGUUUGACAAGAAACAUGACACCUGCCGCCGUGUGUUCUUGGGACUUUUGCUCAUAAUAUUGGCAACAGGUUUACUUUUCGGUGUUAUAGUUACAUUUGCAACGAACAGUUAUAUGCAACAAGGUAUUGAGAAUAGCACAAAUCGUGUGCGGGAUGGCAGUAUCGAUACCCGUAAAUUCCUCGAAGCCUCAUCUGAGCAAAUCGAUCAUAUUCUAAUAACAAAUUACAAACAAUUGUCCAUACAGUUGGACAAUAUUUUGCGGGAAACAUCAAAUUUCAUCAUAAAGGAAUUGGAACAGAAAUCCAUGGCAGUUUCGCUCAUUUACCUUACAGACUUUCUUGAAAAACUGCCUCAGCUGAGAUUAAAAUUACAAAAAAUGAAAACCAUUACCAACGAGUUGCGUGUUUAUGCAUCACAAUUGAGUGAUGGCCUGCGCGGUGUUAAGCGUGAUUUGUUGGUUAUGCUUACGAAGUGCAAUAAUAAAGCAUGUCAGGAUGUUCUCAACAAAUAUGAGAUCGGCAAGCUUGACGCUAACGGUAUACACUAUGACCAGCUACCGGAUGUUACAGAAAUUAUCGAUAAUUUGGAUAAUUUGAUAAGUAGUCACAUAGCUUCGGCUGGCAAGCGUGGACGUGAUAUGCUCAAACAAAUGCGGGCACAUCUUAAUACGACUAUAGCCAAGUAUACGCCAAAAGUGAUUGACUCUAUAAAUAAAGCAGGAAAUGCUUUCCAACAUGCCUCAAAUGAAAUCAAAAUGGAACUUAACAAACUGUCAUUAGUUAUAAAAGACAAUACUAAGAAGUAUACCGGCGUUGCGGAUGAUUAUUUGGAUGAAUAUGGGCCGUAUCGAUUCUAUUUUGGCAUUGCAGUUUGCUCUAUAUUACUACUGAUUUUGGUUUGCAUAGUGGCUGCAUUGUUAUGUGGUAUAUGCGGCAAACGCCCAGACGGCUAUGGAGAUGACUGCUGCAAUAAGGGCUCCGGCUCGCGUUUCUUGAUGAUGGCUGUAGCAUUGAUUUUCCUAUUUAUUUCAUUGGUUGCCUUAGUAGCUUUGGUACAUUUUUUGAUCGGCCUGAUAGCCUAUCGCGGCUUAUGUCUUCCAUUAAAGGACCCUCAAAACGAUGAGAUAUUCGCUCAACUUGACAAUUCUAUUGACUUAAACGAUGUGCUUUACCCCCCCAAACAGAAGGGCAAGCUGACUUCUGGUGGUUUACCGCCCUUACGCAUUUCACAUGUGAUCACCGCUUGUCAGCGCAAUCAAACAAUUUACGAGGUGCUACAUAUUCACAACCGUAUCGAUAUUCAUGAAAUUAAUGAUUACCCAGCACAAUAUAAGAUAAAUCAGACCUUAGAUGAUUUGGUAGAUGGCAUUUCCUUCGAUGAUAGCGACGUAAUGAUACUUAGCCCUGAGGACAAACAACGUAUAUUGAGCCUUAGCGAAUCGGCAUUGAAAAACUUCGAUUCUGCCCAAUAUAUUGACAAUCUUAACGACACAAUAACAAAACAUUCGUUAACUGAAAUUGCUCAAGAGCUCCGCCAAACAGCUAAGAAAAUCGACAGCAGUGACGAUAUGAAAGAUGUACAGGUUAGUCUGCGUAAUCAAGCCUUGCAUUUGGAGACAUACGAACAGAAUUGGGUGAUACCAAUGAAAAAUCAAUCAGUGGAACUUAUUCGAUUGGCGAAUGAUUUGGAUCAUAGCUUACGCUAUAAAGAUCGUCCAUUCCACGAAUCCAUACCGUUGCUGGUCAAUGAGAUUGAACGUGCGCAAACAUUUUUCCGCGUAGAGGGUCGCCAGUUUGUUAAGGCUACAGCUGAGAAUUUGACUCACUAUUUUGCAAGUGAAAUAGAGAAUUAUUUAAAGAUGGUUGUGCAGGCAGUGGAGAAAAAAGUUGGCUUAUGUGCGCCGUUAGCGAACGUCUACGACUCUGGUAUAGUGGCAUUGUGCAAUUCUAUUGUAGAUCCAUUGAACGGUUUCUGGGCUGGUGCCGCAUUAUGUGUUGUACUCUUUUUGCCAACGUUGAUGGUGGCAGUUAAAUUAGCAAGUUUAUACCAGAAGUCUGAUCCGUAUCCUGGCCCACUAGUUGAAUCGGAGUAUUUGUAUGACGCAUAUAGUGAACGUGAUCACAUUCCAUUGGCAAAUGGACCAAAGAACAAGCGACGAAAGAAUAAAGAUCGACGACGUGGUCGUGAAUACUACGAAGAUCCAGUCGCUUCCACGGCGCAUGGUGUGCCACCAACUGCUGGUGUGCGUGACACUCGUUAUAAUGACAUGGCUCCCAAGCAUUGGGAUGGCGGCCCACCGAGAUACCAAAAUCCUCCAAUGGCACCACCUGCAUCCGAGUAUGAACGCCCACCGCCAUAUUAUUAUCCGGGUGCUACGGAGCAAGACUAAGUAAUACAGAUUGAGAUACAUUUUUAAAAUGUGAACAAAAACAGCAAACAGAUAACAGCGCCAUUACAAUAAAGAAAAAAUAGCAAUAACAAUAACAGCCAACAAAGUGACGUGACGAUAGACAAUGAGAACGCUUGAGAUGAGGAUGUAUGUGAUGUUUAAGUGUGGAAGGGAUAUGCGGGAGGGGUGUGUGGUUGUGUGCGUGCACCAACAACAAUAAUGCGAAUUACUACAACAGCAACGACAACACCAAUGUGUGCAUAUUGCGCAUAUUGCAAGUUAUUUUUAGUGCGAAUUUCUCAAUUGAAUGAUUUGCCUUUUUACAUCUGUGAAAUGCAUGGAAAAUUCCAAUUACAUUUGGCGGCAUACAUUCACAGCCACAUACCACAUUAGUUUUCUACUUCUCAAAAAUAUAAAGAAUCAAAAAUAUAAAUAAAAAUACAAAUAAAAACGAAGCGCAAUAGCGAAUAACUAUAAAGUAAAAAAUUUCUUGGUUGCACAUAAAAAUGUUGGUUUCAAAAACCGAAGAGCAAAUGGUACGGAUAUACAUGCAAAGAUAUAUAAAAAAACAAAUUGAUAUGAAGGAAGAAACAACACACAAAAAACGGAAACAAAAACAAAAA